AUGAAGAAAACACUGGGUGAUUCACAAAAAAUUCGACUCGAAAUAAUCGAAGAAUUUCAUACACGAAAUCUUGAAGCUCCUGUUCAUAUGAUCGAUGCAAUCGAUCGAUCAAAAACAAGUGAAACAAAUCGAAAUGAUGCAGAACAUCGUAAAGGACUGUAUCAUCGUUUAUCGGAAUAUCUUGAUCAUCGUCAAGUUCGAAAUCGUGGUCAAACAUAUAUUUUGCCUGAUCUUAUCCAUCAACUGAUCUGUUCUCGAUUUCCAAGUGUUGAGGUGAAUGCUCAAGGGAAGCAUUGUCCUCAAGCGGAAAGAACUUGUCGUGGAUUCGGUGGCGGAGCCUUGUGCAACAGUCGAUGUAAACAAUGCGGUUAUGGAAAAGGCUCAUGCGGAGGUCUAGGUUGGCAAACAUGUCAAUGCUUAUAA